CUGACAGCAUGAAUGACGGUUGUUGAACGUUUUCAUGUUUUGUUAGAUGUUAUUAUUAUCGUAGUGAUCGAAUUCGAAUAAAUAUUCCAAUUUCAGAUGUCUUUAUAAUUUAAUAUUGCUGAAUUAUAAAUAUAAAAAUGCCAAAACCCGUGUGUGUUCAGUGCAACACUAACGACUCGUUACUUUGGCGUAACGCUGAGAACGGACAAAUAUGCAACGACUGUCACUUGGCGAACACAGCUGCGGAAACUAAAGCGGACAUCUCAGUUAAAACAGAAACGGAUGAUAAAAAAGAGGAAAAAGACGAUGAAAAGAGCAGUAAAACCGAUACGGACUCUACACCAGCCAAAGCGACUGGCAAAGGGACGAGAAAGAGCACCAGAUCGACUAGAUAUAAGCCGAAGACGACUACGCCAGCGCCGCCAAAGCCACCGGCGCCGCGAGGACGAGGCCGCCGGAGUAUAUUCAAGAGACCGCCACUGAAGGCUCCCACAGCCACUGCUACUGUUGUUACUAGUGAUUCUGUGUUCUAUAAGGGAAACUACAUGCAAGUAGGUGACAUAGUAUCCAUGAUUGAUCUCGAGGGAGACAUCUACUAUGCACAGAUCAGGGGGUUCAUGACCGACCAGUAUUGUGAAAAGAGUGCCGUGGUCACUUGGCUGCUGCCCACUAAAGCUAGCCCUCCUCCUGAAAAGGGCUUUGACCCUGCUACAUACAUUAUUGGUCCAGAAGAGGAAUUAGCUCGCAAACUGGAUGUAAUGGAAUUUGUAAUGCAUGCUCCAUCUGACUACUACAAGGCCAGCAACAGCCCAUACCCACUUAUAGACAAUGAGGUCAACAACUACUCUGGAUUUAUUUGGACUUCUCUCGAACCCAAAGAGAGGAUGUAAACUAUGAUUAUCAUUAUACUUAAUUAUAAACUAGUAUUAAAUUAUUAUUAUUAUUGUAAGAA